AUGAAUGGAACAGCAGCUUCUUUAAAUCAAAAGCAUGAAGGCUUGGAGCGUUUUGCACGAAACGAUGCACCAAGUAUAAUAUUUGGUCAUCAACAAGAUAUUACAAGAUUCAAUCAAGCAGUUAGUCACAUCGAAAUGAAAGCUGUUGAAAUAAAAAAUAAUAUUGAACAAUUACUUUUCAUGCUCGACCUUCAAGAAAAAGUUUCAUGGCCUGACAUGUUGGAUAAAUUUUCAUCAUUAGCCAGUGCGAUGACUCAGUUACAAAGUAUGCUUAAGAAAUCUGCCUUACCGUCUGGAACUGAAGAUUAUGGAAAUUUGCUUCGUACACAUCUUCUUGUUCCACAUCGUUUAUCAAAUGAAAUCGAUGCAAAUUUGCAGGCCAUGACAACAAAUCGAUUGCAUUGCUGGAAUCAUGACGCUGCUCCUGAAUAUUUGCGUACAAAACUAACUCCUGAAAUCGAAGCAGAUGAAGCCCACAUUGAUACUGAAAAAAAUGCUCGAACCUUUGAUCAAGUUAAUAAGCAAAUUUUGGCAAUGAAUAAACAUAUUGAGACUUUGUUAACGUCAAUCAUCGAAAAUGCUAAGAGUCAAGCAGAUGCACAUAUUGAUACGCCAACAUAUGAUAACCAGGAUACUCAAAAAUUGGUUAGAGCUAUUGUUAACGGUGAGGGAUUGCGACCUUCACGAUCAAGUGCCAAUGUUCAGUCAGAUACUAGCCAUUUGGGAACAGCGUCGAAUUCAGCAAGCAGCACACAUGUCGCUAAUCGGCAACCUAUGGGUAUGGUGCCACAGCAACGGCGUUAA